GUCCGACAUUCCAAAAUUCAACCCCCGAAAAGCCGCAAAACAAUAAAAAACAAAAUACAAUAAAAAAUCCAACAGCAUUUUAUUACGAAUGUCGCGGAUUGUUGACACGAUCGAUGAGGAAGGCGAUCCGAGCCACGGACCACUAUCAGCAUCAUCGUCAGCAUCAUCAGUGUCAUCAUCAGCAUCAGCAUCAGCAUCAGCAUCAGCAUCAGCAUCCGCAUCAGCACUACAAGGAGCAGCAUCACAAGCAAGGGCGGCCACACGCUCAAACUCGCUCUCAAACGACAACCCGCCAAACGACACGACCGCAACAAUAGCAUCGUCGUCAUCGUCAUCGUCACAACCAUCACUAGCAACAUCAUCAUCACCAGCAUCAGCAUCCAUGUCGGCAACGGCAGUCCGGCGCACUGGACUCGGACCAGCUCCGUUGCUGCGCGCGGCUUCCUCGCCAGCGAUGACGGCGGUUGCUGCGGACGACGGCACCACCACCACCACCACCACCAGCAGCAGCGACCAGUUCGACGGCGUCGCUGCUCUCCGCUCUGCAUCGCCGUCGUCAAGCUCGCUGGACAACGCCGUGGCAGCGCGCCCGGGAUCGCCUGGCACAAUGCGAAGGGUCGCCCGCUCGCCCUCAAUGAGCUCUGGCUCUGGCUCGGGCUCGGGCUCGGGCUCGGGCUCACCACGGUCGAGACUGGGCACGUUUCUGUUCAAGCCCGCUGCGGCGGCGGUCGAGACGCCAAAAGUGCCGACGCACACCAGCGUCGACGGGACGCUCGAGUUGCCCGUCUUGCACACCGCCGAGGAAGAGAUUUCGGCCGUCAAAGUGCUCAAGAACGCCGAUGCGAGCCCGCUCACAUUGCUAUACCUGCACCAGUUGCCGCCAGCAUUGCAGCUGCAAGCACCGACCACGGCAGCGCGGAAAAACAGCCUGCGAGGCCUCGAAUCGAUGCAAAAGUCAAUGCUCGAGAGCGAGCAGACAAUCCAGUUUGGCAUGGCGGCCAACCCAAUGAUCUCGCUCAAACUCACCCUCCUGGUCAAGCAGCAGGGGAUGGAGGACUACAAGACGCUGUUCUUUAGCAAACUGGGCACGCUGCGGUUGCUCAAAGAGCUCAUUGCAGGACUGUACAAGAUCAAAGACCCCGAAUCCAUCUCUCAGAUCAGCAACGUCCGCCUCAGCGACAUUGACGAUUGCGACGACAACUUUCUUGGCAUGCUCACCAACCAGGAUCGUCUCGUGUUUACUCUCGCCGAAAAGUAGCCGAAAAAACAAAAACACAAAUCAGCAAAGCAGAAAAACAAGAAACAAAACCAAGAAAACGAAGCCGACCCCUCUGCCAGUGCAGGCGCUGCGAAGGAUGUAGAAGCAAAGAAAAAAAUGAUUCUGUACAAGAGAAACCAUCAACCCAUCAACCCCCCCCCCUCCCUUUUGGUCUGUGAAAGGGGCGGUGGGCCUAUGUUGCCUGUGUAUAUGUGUCUACGUGUUUCAGUGAGUGCUAUUUCGUGUGUGAAUGUGUGUGUGUUCGCUUUUCCCCUUGUUCAGUGUCCUUGAUGGUCAUCAACAACUGUUUGAAGGUGUUGCCGCGAGGAACCAACCAAUUGUAGCUUUAAAGAGAUUAAUGACUCG